AUGUACCCCGAAAUCCCCCCGGACUGGGCCGACACCUUGGGCGACCUCACGCACAAUAUCCUCAUCAAGUACAAUUUUUUCAACCAAGGCAUCUGGGUGAAAACCACAUCCGCGGGUAGCAAAAACGGCAGCGUCGACAUGCUCACCUUCACCGGGCAGCCGCGAAAGGUCACCCACAACAAACAUACCGGAGGAAAGUGCUGCUACCUCGGCGCGCGACAGUUCCCCACGGGAUGGGUCGACAGGUUCAAGUGCGCUCUUCCUCUAGGCGACUUCCACGACGUCGACUACGUCGUCCCCGUCUUCGAAAUUACGAGAAACCCCCGGGACUCGCACCCGACCCCGUACGUCAGCGUCCCGCUCAUCGGGCCCUGGGAGAACUGGACCCAGGCCCGUCGUCUCGCGCUCCGGAUCGACCACAUGAAGGACGGCAAGAUCGUCGGGCAGUACCAGCACGCCCACGAUCACACUUUUCCGUUCCCGGUGCGCGGGUCUCCGCACAACUCGUUCUUGAGCGGCGCGUGGUCUCGCGCCAUGGCCUGGAUCGCGACCCUGACCAACUUCGAGUGGGCGGACCGAAGUUGGUUCCGUCACUGGGCUCUCCAGCCCUACGUCGUGACCAUCGAAGAGAUCGGGCUGUCCUACCUGGACCAGUCAAUGGUGAUCAACCAACCUAUCCGGGGGAAAACACAGGAACCUCCCAAGCGCAUCAAUGUGGAAGUCAACAUGGAAGAAUUGGACAAAUUGUACAGAAGGGGACAAUGGGAAAUGCCCGUCGACUGCUGGUCUCCCAGCCUCCCCAGUGGCAGGACCACAUGCGACGCUUGCCAUAUUUCAAUGGCCAAUCCGUCAGCUAUGCACUGUCCUGUUGUCUGCAUAGAUUGCGCCCCGACCAAGAUCAAUAUCCCAAACACCAACAAGACUCGCUGGGUCUGCGACUUCUGCAGGUCCCUAGGACGGGUGUGCACAUUCACCCCCGAAGAUUAUCUCGACCUCCACUUCGACACCUUCAAGUCUCUCGGAUACGCGAGGGUCCUCGGGAACCAUCCUGAGAUAUCUUCUGGAGAGGAGUACACUGCCCGCAUACUCUUGGAAGAUGCGGCGAUGCCUGAUUUCGUGAAGGAGAGAAACCUAGUUCCCUUGCGGGAUGUAGAGAAGGACUCUGUUGGGGGCGUGGACAGUACCGAAGGCGAUGGUUUCCAGGCGAGAUACGGUAGCAAGGACCACGGCUUUAGCCAAGGGCGUACAUAG